AUCCAACUUCCUGUUUCCGUAUGGCUGGAAUUGUAACAAAUUUUUUUAGGCGAACUCAUAAUUACGUUAAAAGAGUAAUGCCCCCACCAGACCGGUCAGUUAAACAAAUUAUUUUUAUGUUUUAAUUAAGAUUUACUUUUAAAUUAGUUAUAAUUUUGAAAAUAACCUAGACUAAAGGAAUAGGUAAACUCUUUUAAACUGUAACUAAUAGUUAAUCACUAAAUAAGGCCAAAAGAGAUUUUUUCUUAGAAAUGUAAACAAAUACGCUAUAAAUAGUGAUGCAAUUUCCUUUACUUUGGGCUUACUACUGACUGUACUGACAAGUUAGUUUCACUUUCAGUUUUAACUAGGGUUGCUUAUUUCCCUGAGCUUUGCUUUUGAUCCCUGGAAAACUGGUUAUCCCCGGAAAUCCUUUAUUUUAAUUUAAAAAUUUAUUUUAAAUUAUAAAAAUAAAAUGAUUUUAUAAUAAAAUAUCAUAUAUUUUUAACUGAAUAAGUAUAAGAUGAAUUAAACUAUACAGUAUCCUAUACAGUAUUACUAUUACUCAACUAUACAAGAGUGCAAGCCAAAUGUCUGGUUUCAGAUUUACAAGCUUCUAACUACUUAAUAUUAACAUAAACAAGGGAUUGUUUCAAAUAAAAAGCAAUAAAAUAAAUAUUAAAGUAAAAAAAUGUAUGAUCCAUAGCGCUAUAUAAAUAAUAUAUGAGUAUGUAUAGUCUUAUUAAGAGUUAACUAAGAAUUAUGAUUGAGAAAAAUAAUAUGGGUCAAACUCACAUAAACUAUGAUUAUAAACAACCUUGUUGUAUAAGUUAGUUACUAAGUUCGAGCACAGGUUUCGUGGCCCAUUGGCAUGGGACCUGACCUCUAAUGGGAUUUCAAAUGGAUUUCUGUUAGGUUACCAAUUGAAACAAUAUACCAAGAGUAAGAGAAAUAGUGAUUUUUAGUUUUCUUUUUUGUUCUCUUACAGCUUGAGUAACAAUUUCAACUAUGGCAUCAAAUUAUGACACUAUGUUGUUAAUUACAAUUCUGUAAAAUCUAGUUUUAAUAUGUUUUAAUUUCCAUGACCUUCCCUAUAUAAAAGUAAUAAAACACCCUUUUUUUCAAUAUAUCAUGGUGUCACUUUGCUUUUAAAUAAAUUGUGAUAAAUGUUGUCAUAACUUGAAAACAGUUAUUUAACAGCAUGUUUUCUAGAGCUACUUGAUUACCUUGCUGAUGGGAAGGCACCAGGGAUUGGCGGUAUUCCAAAGGAAGUCCUCAAAAAUGGAAAAAAUACUUCUUUAGCCCUUACAUGAGCUUCUGUCUGUGUUGGGAAACAGGUCACAUUCCCCAGGACAUAUGAGAUGCCCACAUCAUAAGAUUGUCAUAACAUAGCUACUGAGGAAUUUCUCUCCUUGGCUUAGUUGGAAAUACUUUUGCCAGUGUUGCCCUUAAAGGAUUGCAUUCUGGCAAACCGCAUUUACCCAGAGUCCCAGUGUGGCUCCUAGAGUGGACGCUCAACUAUAGACAUAAUAUUCUCGUUACGCCAAAUGAGAAGUGUCGUGAACAGCAUAUGCCUCUUUAUAUUGCUUUCAAAGAUCUGGCAAAGGCAUUCGACUUGAUAAGUCAGAGAGGCCUGGUCAGUAUUUUGCAAAGAAUAGGUUGUUCCCCACGACUCUCACAAUCAUACAGUCAUUUCACAAAAACAUGCACAACAGAGUAACCUUCAAUGGUGCUGUUUCUGAGGCAUUCCCAUUCAGCAGUGGAGUAAAACAGGGUUGUGUACUGAUAACAACGCUCUUCUCCAUUUUCUUCUCGAUGCUCCUGCAAUUUGCCUUCAGGGACUGUGAAGGUAGAGUGUACAACCUUACCAGAUCUGAUGGUAGGUGGUUCAAUAUCGCCCGCCUUCAUGCAAAGGCGAAGGUAAUAAAAAUACUAAUUCGUGAACUGCUGUUCACUGAUAAUGCCGCCUUAACAUGUAACAUGUUACACUGAAUAAGGUCUUCAGCAGCUAGUUAAUCGUCUAUCACAUGCAUGUAAAGAAUUUGGACUGUCAAUUAGUAUACAGAAAACACAUGUCAUGAUGCAAGAAGCACCGUCCCCUCCAAUCAUAUCUAUUGAGGGCCAUAACCUGUCAGUUGUUGAGCAUUUCGCAUACCUUGGAUCCAAUAUUUCUAGUUCUUUCUCCGUUGAUGAAGAGAUAAACAUCAGGAUCGAAAAAGAAGCAGCAACUAUGGCAAAAUGGCAAAAGCUGGUGGGGAAUAAUCUCAAUCUAACUGAUAAAAAAAAACUAACGUGUCUGUCGGGCAGUGAAGUGUGGACCACAUAUACCAGUCUUGAGCAGAAACUCAACAGCUUCCAUCAAAGAUUUUAGGCAUUCGAUGGCAGAAAAAGGUGACUAACACAGAGGUCUUGGAAUGUGCAAAAAUGUUUCAGCUUAUUCUCCGCUCUUAGCAAGAAGCGCCUUUGCUGGUUAGGCUUUGUAAGGAGAAUGGAGGAAGGCUGUAUCCCAAAGAUGCUGUUGUAUGGAGAUUUGGCAAAAGGGACAAAACUUAUUGGACAGCCACACCUGAGAUUUAUGGAUGUUUGCAAAAGGAGCAUGAGGGAAGCCAAAUUGGAGAUCAUUGCCGAACAAAGUUCCAGCUGGUGAACAGCAGUGUAUUAUGAAGUGAAACCAGACGUUUAUUCCUUAUUACAAUGUUUUUGGCACAUAAGCACAGGUUUUGUCAUAAAACCCUUGCUGAGUUAUGAAGUAUUGGACUAAUAGUCGUAAUUUAAUUUAGUUGAAUUAAUUUUUUUUUCCAGAUGGGAACAAUACUGCCCUUUGGGCAAAGUGAUUCCAGGAACAUCUUUUAUUGCUUUCAAGGUUCCAUUAAAAGAGGUAGUAAGGGGUAGUAUUCUUUCACCAUGGCUAUUACAAAUUUUAUUGUUAUAACUGUCUAUAUUUUCCUUCUUAUCAUUGAAUUGUAGAUAUUGAAACUUAUUAAGCACGAUUUUUUGGUGUAAUCUAACACUGUUUAAAUUGGCGCAAAUGUGUAAAUCUUUUUAAAAAUGUUAAAUAUAAUUUUAUAGCUCAAGUUUCUGUUGAAAUCUUUCGUCUAAAAGUUGUAAUUUAUAUAUUUACAGACAUUGCUAGGGCAAAUAGAAGAAAAAGACAGGUACGUUGCAUAAGUUAUAAAAUAUCUUUAAAUUUAUAUUGAAAGCAUGAUUUAAAAUUUUUCAAUUUCACUUGUAAUAUGGCUGAAAUUAUUUUUCUGAGUUAUAAUUUUUACAGAUUUUCCCCCAAAAGAUUGGUCCAGACCCUAGAAAGUGAAGGUCUUAAAUUGGGAGGAAUUAUCGAUCUUACCUACACUCUGAGAUAUUAUGACAAAGCGGUAAAUAUUUCUAAAGUGUUGCUUUAGACUUAAGCGUACUUGAAAUGAAAUUGACAGCCUUUAUUAUGUAUAUAAACGUAGUUUCCUUAAAAUCAUUGGUUAUGUUAAUAGCUUUCAAAGUAACAUUUAAAGAAAUGAAGAGGUUCUAUUUUGGCUUUUUAAAUAAUUGUUAAAAAUGAAUUGGUAUUUACACUGCUUUAACACUACAUGAUAGUUAAAAUGAAGUUUUAAAAAAACAACAACAUUAUUCUAUUUAAAAAAACAGUUUCAUAUUGACUGGUUGGUAACUUGAUAUACACUUAUUUUCAAUAUGGUGAGCUUUUACUAUUAACUGUCCAGCAGUAUCAGAUCUUUCUAUUUUCAAUUGCUGUAGAAUUAAAUUGUCAAUUUUCAACAUUGUUUUCUCAUCCUUCACUUCAUUAAUACGACAUGAAUCUAACAAUGGGGACUCACCUAUCUGAUAUUACAUUUAUUUUAUGUUUUAUAUUUUUUAAAGCAUGGAAAAAUUAGUACCAAAAGAUUUAUGUUUGAUCACCAACAUAUUUAUUUGAUAAAAUAAGGUGAAUAUUUAAUGGUAAACAAUUGGUGUUUUGUGACAUUGUUUGUUUAAACGGUCGCUCCUUGUAACUUUUGUACUUAAAGGCUGUGUUUUGAGUCACAGAAAAAAAAUCGCAUAAAAUGCUUUAAAAACGUUUAAAAUGUACGGGUAUUAGAUUGUUUCCUUGGUUCCCUCACUUAGUUUUCCCAAAUCCCUGUUUAACUGAAAAAAAUUAAAAUCUGAUUGCGUGAAAAACUAAAAUAUGAAAUUUUGUUAUAUUAGGAAAGACUUACCUGUUACUUAAAUAAUUACUACCUUAUAAACAAGGUUCUUUAAUUGUUCUUCUUUCUUUCUUUUUUUUCCAGGAAUUUGAGAACUUGUCCAUUAAACAUGAAAAGGUUUUUACACCAGGUCAUGAAGUACCAAACUAUGAUGUAUUUCAUAAGUAAGUUUAAAAGGUUCUUUUUUUUUUUUCAUUGGUAGUUAACCCACGACUGUGGUCGGCCGAAAAAAUCGGCCGUAAAUCUCGUUCAGUACUGUGGCAGCCAAUAAUAAACACAGAUCUAUAGCAACUUCCAAUCCAAUAUUUAACAGGAAUCAUAGCCACUUCCUUUUAUUAAUAAUUAAAUCAACUUCCGGGUCAAGCUGUUUCUUGAAAACUUAACAUAAGUAAUUUUUAAUUGGAAUUUUAUAUCACUUUUUUUUAAAGAUAAAAUGGAUGAAUCCAUGGCUGGGUCUUCAGUGCGAGAACUAAUAUAAAUAUUUUUGAAAGCUUUUUAGGAGAGGAUUUAAGUGAUACUGAUGAUGAUUUUAAAUUCCCCAUGACAAUUUCAGCUCAGAUUCUUCUUCUCAUUAAUCUGAUACUAGUCUUAGUGAUACUGAAUUACUGAAGUAGGCCUACUGUUAGACUUCGAGCCAGGCCAGGAGGUUGGGCAAGGACUGACUGAAUUUUAGUCAUAAAAGCUACAGAUUAUAGAUCAGAACUAAUAAAUUUUAUAGCUAAACAACCCAAAUCAGUUACACAGUUCCAUUUUAAAUUUUUACUAGUCCAUUAUAACUAUUUUGCGUGAGAUUUUGUAUGUUAUACGGAAGUUGUAAUUGGUUUUAGCUCUGAUCCCAGUUUCUAAUAUAAAUGACCUAAAAUUACUAAAAUUGCUUUCAGCGGUUUAAUUGCAAUCAAAAUCUUAGCAAACUAUACAUUUUCUGAAAGAAAAAUGAAUUGGCUACAAUAUUUUGAUUAGUGCUUUAAGUGGAUCUAUAAAAAAUUAAUGAUGUUAUGAGCACUUGAAAGCAAAACAUUUUGUCGAUUUUUUUUUCUUGAGCACUCCGAGGUUAAGGACACAGCAAAAUUUUUUUACGGGGUGGACAAUAUAGCCAACUUUAUCCCUAUCUAUUUACCAUUCUAAAAAUAUAUACUUAUUGGGGCCUUGUAUUAAUAUUUCUAUGUCCUUUAAUGUAAUUUCAAAUGGCACUCAAAAAGCUCUGAAAAGCUCCCACACUACAGAUUGAUGCAUGCCACAGUUUGUGGGUUAAAAAGCCUUUAAUAUUUUAAAACUGCUGUUGUUUUCCCCCUAAAAGUUUAGAAAAAUUAUUUGCAGAAAUUAUAAUAGUAUGAAAAUACUUUUCCAUUCUGAAAUUUGUAGCUUAGAUUAAAUUUAUUUACAAAGCAUGUCAACACACAUUUAUCAAGAUCUUGGAUGGCCAUCAACAAAACAAAUAAAGUGAAAUUCCCUUAUACUCAUAGCUGCUAGAUUAAAAUUCAUAGUUGUUUGCACGUUUAUCUGAUGUAGAAAGGAUCCCAGAACAUUUUCCCACCUUAAACGUUGAGAGCAAUAGAUAUCAUAGUCUUUCAGCUGGUGAAAAUAAUUCUAUGCAUACGUGUCAACCUAAGCGUUUUUCGUGUUGUGCAGCUAUAUGGUACUAUGUACGGUUUCUCAAUGGAUUUAGAAAAGAAAUAUUUUUGCAUAUGACAGUGCUCAGUGAUGACACAUGAUUGAAAUCUUUACUGGCAGUGCAAUAAAUGGGUCAAUAGAAAACCGAUAACCAAUUAAAAAAUGAAUUUUGUUCCAAAGUCUGAGAUCGGUAGGCUAUCUAAAUUUUAGAAACUGAAAUCAGGUUGGCAUGUUUGUGACAUUCUCUAUUAGAAAGCAUCUACAAAACAGACCUUUUUCUAACACAACUACUUUAAAAACUCUAUGAAAAUGACAAACUCUCCAUGAAACUUAUCAUGCACUAUUAACAAACUCCUGAUGAACUAAGCACGAACUAACCCCUGUAUUUAUAUACCACCGUGUACUCACAGAUUUACCCAAAUUAAUUUGUAUACUCAGUCCACUCAUAAUGAUUGAGUUACUCAGGAGCUGACAGUGGACAGUAAACAUUAAUGUCAUUUUUUUUUCCCCCUACAGAUUUGCUAAGGCUGUUAAAACAAUAGAUAAAAAAGGUAUGUUCUAUUCAGAAUUACAGCAAGCGCCAAAAAUAACGGUACUGAAAAUCCUGCAUAUUGAAUGUUUAUAUGCAUUCUUUAGCACUGCAUAGCUCAAAUAGCCAAGUGUUCCAAGAAAUCGAAGGGAAAAUAAGCUGGUCAUUUGUAAUUGGAAAUGGGUUUCCAAAAGAAGGAAAGAGUAUUCCUAGUGGUCCUUAAUUUUUGCUCAUAUGUGAUUGGUUGUAAAUGGAGACCGAAUUUGAAAAAGUUUGCACAACAAUUCAGAAAAAGUUUUUAAAAGACGGUAUCAAGUAACACAAUUAUGCCAUAUAUUGUUAAGACAAUUCGCUUUAUAUUGUUAAGACAAUUUCACUAUAUUGGAAAGAUGCACUUGUCAAUCUGAUAGACCAUUAAAUGAAAUGUACGCUGACAACUGAAGUGGAGGUCUUAUAAACCAGUUAGUGAGUUUGACUUUCGUUGGUGACUACACAUUCCUAAAAUAUUUGAAAUCCGCAUGCUCAAUGGGCAGAAAUGUUCCACACUACACCAUUCCAGACCACAUAUCUGGCUCUGUCAAGCGUUGCCCUGUCUGAAUUCUGUACUAAAAUGCAACUAUUACCAAGUCCUUAAACCAGGGGUCUCCAAACUUUUCAGCCCGAGGGCUGCAUUAAUUAUCAAACAGCAGUUCGGAGGCAGACUACACACUCGAGGUCCAAAUAUUAAAAAAGGAUCAAAACAUGGAUGCUGUUUUUAAUUAUUUAUUUAAUAUUAUUUUAUUAAGUUAUUAUUCAAUAACACAUUGAUACACUACAAAUGAAGACCUUUAUUAGUGGAAAUGGUGAAAUUGUUUCCUAGAUGCCAAAAUAGCAGAUUUAGAAAAGGCUUACUUAGGCAAAAACUGUUAAAAACCCCAUCACUACUUCACAAUCUUUAAACGGUUUGCCACUUUUAGCUAGGACUUAGGCAACUUUAUAACUGGCCUUAGUUAAGGAUUCAUUUUCAUUUGAGGAUUUACUGAACAAUGUCUUCUUAGAUGUGAAUUGAUUUUGUAAUUAAGAUAAUUUUUCGGCACAGACUUUACCUUCCAACUGUGCAUAUUUCUCCUGAUGUUUGCUUUGGUGAUGACGGUGCAGGUAGUAUUCUUUUAUCACAGCCAGGGUUUUGUUGCAAAUCACACACAAGGCUUUCUCGUGGGAUUUGAUAAAGAAGUAUUUCAAACUCUAUUCAUCUUGAAAUUGCAGACACUCAUCGUCUAUUUUUCUUUUCUUCUUCCCUGCCAUCGCUGGGCACUAAAAUAAAGUGAAUUCAACAUGAAUAAAUACUGAAAGAAUCUUGCAAACAAUAUCGCUAAAAUUACCGGACUAUGUAAAAAACCUGAUUAUGCAAACUAAUUUCAUCACAAUUAUAGCUGCAAAUGACCCGAUACAAUUUUUUAAAAAUUAUUUUGACUUCUUAAGUUAAACUUACCUGAAUAUAGUGUACGAAUAUAUCCACCUAUAGUAGAGAGAUUGUUGCUUUUGAUGUUUCCUCUUCAGAAUGUUCGAAAAAUUAUUUCUGAUCUAACGGCGUUCCCAAUACUUUUAAACACACUGAUAAGUAAUUGCGUGCAACAUGUUUCGCAAUCAGGCGCAGACUGACACCAGCACCUCCUCAUCGCAGCAGUCAACCGCAACUUGCAAACAGUGAUCAAAAUAAUCAAGUCUUAAACAAACAGCAAAGCAUUUAAAUAAUGCGCCACUAGAUGGCGUUUGUCAUCUCAUUGACUGUGAACUGCGCGCCUCUAUUUUAAUUCAGUAAAACAUAAUUUCCACGUAAGCGGCAGCUAAUCUUGGCAGGAUACUUGUAAAUUUCAGUAAUUUUUUCUGUAGACAAAAAAUUCUCCAUGGGCCGGGUGAGAGGGCCUAGCGGUCCGUAGUUUGGAGACCCCUGCCUGCCGUAGUUUGGAGACCCCUGCCUUAAAAAAUUGGUGAACAAGGUUUUCGCUAAUAUUUAGUUUAAAAAAAUGGUCAUCUUUAGACUUUAAGAGGGCAAAUGCAACACCAGUAAAAGAGCCUGUGCGUGGUUCUAUAUUAAAACAGUUCUGGUCAACCAUCUUUAUUAAGACUACCAUGAACACAUGACGACUGGAGCAAUGCACCAUUGACAAACCCAUGUACCCAUUCAAAAUGCAAGUUUCACUACUGUAUUUUGAGACAUUUUUACAAUAUUUUCCCAAAAUAUUGUUUUUUAUAACUAUAAUCUACCGUUUGGACAUUUUCUCAAUCAUAGCAGUUACAACUUACAUUUUGUAUUAAAUGGUUAAUUUAAUAGGAACAAAUUUCAUGCUACUUUUGUUCAUAAGCAUAAACGCCUUAUUAUUUCUGUUUUACAAAAAUCUAAAUUAGUUGAUCUUUUUCUAAUUUGUCUUGGUAGCAAUACCGAUAUUUUAUUUAACUUCACUGGUUUUAUUUCAUAGAAUUUUACUGAUAUGUUUAUGCAUAGAUUUUUUUUCUUCAAUAAUUCGAUUAAGAGCUUAACAACUGUCUGAUUAAGUGAAUACUACCUUUACUUCGAAUAUUAUAUACAUUUAUGCUAUAGGGCUUUUGAUAGGAGUGCAUUGCACACAUGGUGUAAAUCGAACAGGAUACCUUAUAUGCAGGUAAAUAUUCAUUACAUUACAUCUUAUUAAGUUUUGAAAUUAAUUAUAAUAUUGUACCUGUACCAUCCAAAGAAAAUAAAGCUUAUUUAGAAAGUUUCUUUAAACCUUUUUAUUAGAGUACUGCUCUUUAUUGUGAUUUUGUUUCCCUUCUAUCUAAAUUGAUAGCAGUGUUUUAAGUUAUAGAGAUGGUUUUUUUCAAUUGACUAUUUUCAAAGAUAAUCCUUAAACUCUAUGUUAACAUCAUCAGGUAUAUGAUAGAAGAAAUGGACAUGGAGCCAGAUACAGCUAUCACAUGUAAGUUACCAGCUGAUUGCAUAAUGUAGGGGGCCAUCCAUUGCAUGAUGUAGGGGCCAUCUCUUGCAUAAUAUAUGGCCAUCCAUCUAUUAUGUACACCAUAAAAAGGGGAAUUUCAUACUCCACCUUCCCCUGUGCACUGUUUCAUCAACACAUUCUUUUGGGACACACACCCCCCCUCCCCCCCAUGCACAUGAACAAAUAAUUUUUCACAACUCCCUUCCCUUAAAAAAAAAUAAAGCAUGUUUCAAUUUCAUUAUAUACAGGUAUGAUUUAUACUGCAGUUUAACGAGGUCACUGUAUACCAUGUUAAAUAUGAUGUCUCAGCUCAGUGAUCCGCAACCUGCGGCUCUAGAAGUGUACAGAUGCUGCUCUUUUUUUUUUUACUAAUGUAUAAUGACAUGCGACUACCAAAACAUUUUCUAGCAGAUAUUAUUCAUAAAAAAUGGCUCCUCGCUCAAAAAAAAAAGCUGUUGACUCCUGCUUAAUAAUUGUGUCACAUGCAUGUAAACAUAAAAAGUCAAAUAGUGGACUUAAUUUGUCACUAAGCUAAAACACACAAUCAGGGACAAUACCGUAAUUACAAAAGUUUGCAUGGUAAUUUUAUAUUCUUCGAAAAAAUGUGCAAUCUUGGAUUUGACGAAUUGGAAACGAAAAUGACAGUUGGCUUUAUUAGAGUCAUAAAUAGGCUGUUUACGGAUAAUCAGAAUUUCAGGCCAUAUAUUUUAGAAUUAGGGUAUAUAUGUAUGUGCAUAUUCAUACACACCCAUGCGCAAUAACUCCAACCCCCCCCCCCCCCCCCCCCCCCCAUUGCACACGUAAUGUAUGGAUGGCCUCUUACCUGUUUAAAUAAUCUUUAAAUUAAAUUAGAAUUAGAUAUUUUAUUUUUAAUGUGAUUUUUUUUUUUUAAAGAAUGACUCAUUUAUUUUCAGUGUUUAAUGAAGCCAGGGGGCACGAUUUGGAAAGGGAAAACUACCUAGAUGAUCUCAGAAAAAGAAAGAAGUAAGUUGUGCCAGCAACUAUAACAUUUUAAUUGCAUUUUAAUGUUUUUUUGGUUUGAACCUAGUGUGAUAUAUUUUGAAAUAACAUAAUUAAUUACCUGCAAUUUUUAAUUACAUUAGGCAAAAAAAACGUAAAAAUACAUUAUAAUAUAUUUUUUAAUUAUAAUUAUCAAUUUGCUUAACCGUGCAACCUUCCUACCAACACUAUAAAUUUAAUAGUAAGGUAAUUAAUUUUUAUUUAGGUUACACUUCUGUCUGUUGAUCGUUUAGCAGUGCAAAUAAAUAUGUCAGCAUGGCUUUUUGUACAUUAAUGGCAUCUGAAGAGAUAUGUGCUUGAUUAAGUGGCAUUUGGUAUUAUGUCAGAUGCUGAAGAGUGUUCAUCAGAACAAGUGAAUAAGAAUUUCAAUACAAAUAAUAACAAAGAAAAUUUAUUUUUCAGGGGCGAGUCAACCUAUGACCCUAAUUAUCAACCAAAAGAAGAUCCUGCCAAGCCAAAUCAUAACGGUGGAAGGGGGAAAGGUAGAUGGAGGCACAACAGAUCAGAUCAUCCCAAUUGGCGACAGCAAAAUUAUGAAGAAUCUAAUGAGACCAAGCCCUUGGAUGGUGAUAGUGAAAGACUAAAAGAAUCUAGCAAUGAUUUCCAUGGUUCCUUCAAGUUCAAUAGAUAUGGUGGCAGGGCCUUAGAUCCAGGGUUUUAUCAGGAAGGUUAUGGCAGAACCCAUUGGGGAUAUGAUGAUAUGAGACACAGAGGCAGGGAAUACAAUGCAAAGCAAAGUAAUAGAGAAUAUGAAGAUACAAGAUACAGUGAUAGGGGAUAUGAUAAUACCAGAGGCAGGGGAUAUGAUGAUGCCAGAACCAGUAGGAGGGAAGAUGAUGGUGCCAGACCCAGUAGGAGGGAAGAUGAUGAUGACAGAAGCAGAGGUAGGGAUAAUGAUGUACCUAAGUGGGAUAAUAGUAAUUAUAAAAGUAAAGCAGAUAUCAAUAAGCACCAAGAAUCUGAUACAGUUGAUGAAAAGUCUGGCAAUGUUAGAAAGCCACAAAAGAGAAAAUCGGGUGAAGGGUCAUUGGUCGACAGUAGUGUGACUACAGAAUCUCACAGUUGUGAAAGAAAAAAACGCAAAAAGUCCAACAAAGAAAAAAAAGUGUGAGGAUGGGGAUUUGAAAUGAAUUGCUGAGAAAAAAUAGAAAUUUGGAUCAACCAUUUAGGGGGAAAUACUUGUCAGGCAUUCAUUUUUUUUCUCCAAGUCAAGGCUUGAUUUCAAAUGAAGCAAAAUGGCCAUGUGUUGGACAUAGCCGUGUGUAGGUAUUAGUCAUAGUGAUUUUUUUACAAGUUUUUGUCUUAUAAAUUUUAGAUAUAUUUUUAACAAAUAAUUUAUCGGUUGUUGAAAAUGAAUAAUUUUUAUGGUUAAAAGAAUAAGCUUGUGUAAAUUUUCUCUAUUGAGAGUCACACAAUUUUCACAUUGUAUUACUUUGAGCACAUUAAAUUAUUUUAAUUUAUGCAUUUUAGGUAACACUUUACAAUACUACAUGAAAAUUCUAAGAAUUCUCUUCUUAAUAUAUAAUAUAUAAAAUUAAAUUGCUCAGCUAAUAAAAUAUUUUUACUUGUAAAUAACCCUCUUUCUUUUAAAAUAAUUUGUACCGGUACCAUUUAGUUUAGACUAUAUGUCAAUAUAAAGUAAUAUUAAGGUAUUGUACAUUUUAAAACUGUAGUUAAAAUUUUAAACAAAGUUGUGAAACAAUUAAUACUUUUUCUUUUGUAAGUAGAGUGAUUUCAAUUAUAUUUUAUGUGUCAAAAAUGUUUCCCAGGAAAUGGAAAGGCAUUUUUUCAAAUAAGCAACCAUUUUAUUUGAAUCCAUUUAAAAUAUUAUUUAAAAAACUGGUUACAGAAGUCACCAAACUUUUUUUUUCAUAAACAUUUUUGUGGUUUUCUAAAUAAAUAAAAAAUUUUUACACCCUUAAGGUGUAUGUGCAAAUUUAUCAAAUCCUUUUAAAUAUUAUUAUGUUCCGGCACAUAAUAUUUAAUAUAUAACCGUAUUUCUGAGUAUAAAAUGACCGCUCAUUAUUUUGAUCAACAGUAAUUGUAUUCCCCAAUUUAUUCAUCUAAUAUGCCUACACAAAAAUAAAUCUUUAACUAUUUUCUAUUGUUUGGUAAAAAAAAUAUUUGUGAAAGGUAUAUUAUAAUAAAAUAAAGGGAACAUAUGCAA